UGGAGGUUGGUCGCUAAAGCUUCCAUAACAACAAAGGGCAUAAGAUGUUUUAAUAUUGUGGCAAAUUGUUGGAUAUGUGGGGAAAAAACCUUAUUCUGUGAAAAAUAACAUUAAUAUUGUGACUCCUGUGUGUUUGUAGGAGGGCGUUUAGAAGUUUUUGAGUAUUUUGUUAUCAAAAGAUGGCUUCCAGGAAAAUGGAAACUACUGGUGACACAGAUCUUCAAGAAACACCAGUGGAUGUCGCACCAGGUGGAAUACUGGUCACAAACAAACUGGCUAGUAUCCUACCUGAAGGCUACCCACGUCUUCCUCCAAUCAGAAAACCCAAAUACCCAAAGGAAGAUCCAUUUGCCAAGAGUAAAAUGAUGACAUUCCGACUGUCCAAUCACAAACAGCAGCUGCUGAUGAAGAUUCUACAAGACACUGCGAUCAAAGCUAUGGAGGACACUAAAGAGGAAUACGAGCUGACACCAGCCAAGUCGCCACCGCCAGAAUUCCCACCAGAGAUGAUGAGCGAAGACAUGAAGGUCCGGCUGAACUACCGGUUUUUGAAGGGCUGCGUGGAGAGUGGUCCGAUCACGCCCAUGCAGGCCGAGUGGGCGGUGCACAUCAUCAAGAAGAUCCCGGAGGAGCUGCAGGGUUCGCCGCACUUCAAGACCUGCAUCAACGACCUCUUCGAUGAGGUCCACACAGACUUCACCAGCAGCAUGAAGAAAUCCAUGGUUCAACAUGUCUUGCUAACACCAAGUGUGAAGGGACUGGAGUAUGAAGUGGCAGGACCACCACCUUCUGAACCAGAAGGGUUGGACUUCUCACGGCCAUGGCACAACAGCUACAUGGCUAACUGUGAGUACAUUGCUGAACAUCUGCAUCUACUGCACCCGUCGAUGAGCACGGUGCUGAGGAUGUGCCAGACGACGCUCGGUCACAUGAUCCUCGUUGACGUGUCCACGUACAGAGCGAAUGGGCCCAUGGACUUUGAAGGUUUGAAAACUAAUGUCAUGUUGGAUCUAGAGAAAUCAGAGGAAAAGCUGAUGCACAGCUGGCACCCCAACGUGAUCAACGUGUUUGCAGACAAACACAGCUUUGCCAACAUCAAACCGGAACACAUGGACUCGUUCUACAACAGUGUUUCUACACUCGUCUCAAACCAGCUGAAGGAUCUCCUGGUACGGACAGUCGAGUCGUUUGUCAGUCUGUUUGACUACGACAACCGCCUCAAGCUGCCGAUCCUCAAGAUGGAGCUGACGUUUGAUGACAACAAGAUGCAGUUCUACCCGCCCGUCGAGGACCUCUUUGACAGCGUCGUCUUCGUCGCCAACCAGAUCACCAAGACGAUGCAGCACGUGCCCACCGUCCAGUCGUGGCUGUCUGGCGGUAACACCGACACCUACACAGACGUCACUGUCGCCCAGCACAUCAUGACGAACGCACUCAGCAAACUCAACAAGGCCGCCACAACGUACUUUGAGGCUCCCAGCGAUCAUCUCCAGUCGUUUGUUGAUCGCUAUGACUACAUUGUGGAUGGCACGGCUCUCAAGGAAAUACAUGCUUACAUGGAAGAAGACCAUACAUUUGCCGAGUACACCACACAAAUCGAGAAGUACCGUAACCUGGCCAGCGAGAUCAUGGGCCUGCCCAGCAUUGAGCACUUUGAUAUGAUUCGCCUCGAUUGUGAAGACUUGAAGCGAGGAUUGGCCGAAGCUGCUCGCGGAUUGGCUAAUGAAUUGCUGAGUCGUGUCUCCGCAGACCAUCGGUCAGAAAACGAAAGUAUUUGCAAGGAGUUCCGCAUGAUGCAGGAACGAGCACUGAAGGUUCCUGAGACCAGUGAAGAUUUGAUGGAGAUGGUUGACUUUGUGACGAAUGCUCGAACUAUCGGCAUGGUGUCACUCAACGAAAGAAUAAAGGAGUCGAAAGAUCGUCUUGCGUAUCUGAUUGACGUGUUCAUGUUCACGAAAGAAGAUAUUGAGCUGAACUGCGAGGUUCUCACCUGGCCGAAGAGAAUUAACCCAGUCUUUGAUCAGAACGAUGAGCUGGUUGAGUCGUCUAAACAGAAGGGUGAGAAAUCGUUGCUAGAGAAGCGUGAGAAGGUGAUGAUGGAGUUGGAGCGACUGCGUCAGCGCGUCGAUGAAUUCAACGACUAUGGCGAACUGGACAUGAUGCAGCAGUAUGUGCAGGAUGUUCGCAAGAUCCAGCAGCGCCUCGCCGAAGUCUCAGAAAACAUCAGCUGGAUCAACAAGGAAGAAGCGUUGUACAAGUACCCAAUAACAACCUACCCAGACGUGGACGACAUCACAUCGUCCCUGGAUCCAUUCCAGAGGCUGUUCAACGUUGUACUCAAAUGGCAGAAAGCAGAGAAAAGGUGGAUGGACGGGGCAUUCAUGGAGCUGGACUCUGAGGCGAUUGAGGCUGAGGUGGAUGAGUACUGGCGCGAGACCUACAAGAUCCAGAAGAUCUUCAGCCAGCGCGUCAAGAAACUGAUGAUGGAGAAGGACGAGCGCGACCGCGAGAAGAAGAGGAAACGGCGGCAGGCGGAGGAUUCCGGGGAGGAGGUCAAGGAGGAUGAGGAUGAGGAGCUGCACGUCCCCCAGGCUCUGAACGUGUGUAACACCUGCAUGGACAACAUGAAACAGUUCAAGGAGUACAUUCCCGUCAUCUCGAUCAUGUGUAACCCAGGUAUCCGCGGCCGUCACUGGUCCAAGAUGUCCGAGAUCGCUGGUUUUGACCUGACGCCCGAUGCUGGCACCACGCUCAAGAAAGUGCUCAAACUCAACCUUGACCCAUACAUGGAGCAGUUUGAGUCGAUCUCGGCGGCUGCCUCAAAGGAAUUCUCGCUGGAGAAGGCGAUGAAGAAGAUGAUAGAGGACUGGACGAUGGUCGACUUCAACCUCAUCAUGUACCGCGACACCGGCAUCCACAUCCUGGCAUCGGUGGAUGACAUCCAGACCAUCCUCGAUGACCAGAUCGUCAAGACCCAAACCAUGCGGGGAUCGCCCUUCAUCAAACCAUUCGAGAAGGAAAUCAAGACCUGGGAGGAUAAGCUGAUCCACACCCAGGACACGAUUGAUGAGUGGCUCAAGGUCCAGGCUCAGUGGCUCUACCUGGAGCCGAUCUUCUCGUCGGAGGACAUCAUGCAGCAGAUGCCCGAGGAGGGCCGGCUCUUCCAGAUGGUCGACCGCAACUGGAAGGAUGUCAUGAAGCACACCGCCAAGGACCCCAAGGUAAUGGUGGCCACCAGUCUCCAGGGUCUCCUGGAGAAGUUACAAGACAGCAACGGCUUGCUGGACAAGAUCAACAAGGGUCUCAACGCCUACCUCGAGAAAAAGAGGCUCUUCUUCCCACGAUUCUUCUUCCUGUCUAACGAUGAGAUGCUGGAGAUCCUGUCCGAGACGAAGGACCCGACGCGUGUCCAGCCUCACCUCAAGAAGUGUUUUGAGGGCAUCGCCAAGCUCGAGUUUGAUGCCAAGCUUGACAUUCUGGCCAUGUUCUCGAGCGAGGGUGAGAAGGUGACGCUGAGUCAGCAGAUCUCGACGUCGGAGGCGCGCGGGGCCGUUGAGAAGUGGCUGCUGCAGGUGCAGGACAUCAUGCUCAUGUCCAUACACGACGUCAUUCAGGCAGCCAUCGACGCGUACAUGAUAUCUCCGAGAACCGAGUGGGUGCGUGAGUGGCCGGGCCAGGUCGUGCUGUGUGCAUCUCAGGUCUACUGGACGAGGGAUGUCCACGAGGCUAUCCGGAGCGGGCCGCAGGGACUGCACGACUUCUGGGACCGGCUCGAGGCACAGCUUCAUGAAGUCGUCGCCCUCGUCAGAGGGAAGUUGUCAAAACAGCAGCGAGUCACCCUGGGGGCGUUGGUCGUCAUCGACGUACAUGCCAGGGAUGUGGUGUUUGACAUGGCCGACAAAGGUGUUUCGAAGGAGAACGACUUCCAGUGGCUGUCCCAGCUUCGUUACUACUGGGAGGAGAGCAAGAUGAUGGUGCGCAUCACCAACGCGACUGUCAACUACUGUAACGAGUACCUGGGCAACUCGGCCCGGCUUGUCAUCACCCCCCUCACCGACAGGUGUUACCGCACCCUCAUCGGGGCCUUCCACCUCAACCUCAACGGGGCCCCCGAGGGGCCGGCCGGGACAGGGAAGACUGAGACCACGAAGGAUCUGGCAAAGGCGAUUGCUGUGCAGUGUGUGGUGUUCAACUGCUCCGACGGUCUCGAUUACAUCGCCAUGGGGAAGUUCUUCAAGGGCCUGGCCUCCUCUGGUGCGUGGGCUUGUUUUGACGAGUUCAACAGAAUUGAUUUGGAAGUGCUGUCCGUUGUGGCUCAACAGAUUCUGUGCAUCAUCCGUGCGAUCCAGACGAAGGCGGUGUUUUUCAUGUUUGAGGGCACCGAGCUCAAGCUCAAUGACAAUUGCUACGUGUGCAUCACGAUGAACCCCGGCUACGCGGGCCGGUCUGAGCUGCCGGACAACUUGAAGGUCUUGUUCCGCACGGUGGCCAUGAUGGUGCCGGACUACGCCAUGAUCGCUGAGAUCUCACUCUACUCGUUCGGCUUCCUCAACGCGCGCAACCUCUCUGUCAAGAUCGUCACCACUUACAGGCUGUGCUCCGAGCAGCUGUCCUCCCAGUUCCACUACGACUACGGGAUGCGUGCUGUCAAGGCCGUGCUGUCGGCUGCCGGAAACCUCAAGCUGAAAUUCCCGGAUGAGGACGAAGAUAUUUUGCUCCUCCGAUCGAUCAUCGACGUGAAUCUGCCCAAGUUUCUGUCACACGACAUCCCGCUGUUUAACGGGAUCAUCUCGGACUUGUUCCCAGGCCUCAAGCUGCCGGAGGCCGACUACAAGGUGUUCCUGGCAGCUAUGGAGGAGGAGUGCCGCAAGAAGAACCUGCAAUUCGUCGACUUCUUCCGCGAGAAGAUCAUCCAGACAUUCGAAAUGAUGAUCGUCAGGCACGGAUUUAUGUUGGUGGGUGAACCGUUUGGAGCGAAGUCGGCCGUCCUCGAAGUUCUGCGUGACGGAAUGACCAAGCUGUUUGAGGACGGAGUGGAGGGUUACGACAAAACCAUCGCACGAAUCAUCAACCCCAAGUCCAUCACAAUGGGCCAGCUGUUCGGACAGUUCGAUCCUGUCUCACACGAGUGGACGGACGGGGUUGUGGCGAACACGUUCCGCGAGUUUGCGUCUGCGGAAACGCCCGACAAGAAGUGGGUGAUAUUCGACGGGCCGAUCGAUGCGCUGUGGAUCGAGAACAUGAACACGGUGUUGGACGACAACAAGAAGCUGUGUCUGAUGAGCGGCGAGAUCAUCCAGAUGUCCAACGUGAUGAGCCUCAUCUUCGAGACCAUGGACCUCUCGCAGGCGUCGCCGGCCACUGUGAGUCGAUGCGGCAUGGUUUACCUCGAGCCGUCCACCCUGGGCUGGCGUCCCAUCGUGAGAUCAUGGAUCAACACGUUUCCCGAGGCGUACGGCGCGGAGGGAGAGGAGCUGAUCGAGGCCAUGUUCGAGUGGCUUGUCGACCCCUGUCUCACGUUCAUCAGAAAGAACUGCAAGGAGUACGUUCUAGCAAGCCAGACGAACCAGGUGCAGUCGUUGAUGUUCCUUGUCGACAUGUUAAUGCACGAAGCCAUCAGCAAGGACGACGCCAAAUACAACAAACACAUUCGAGUCUACCUGUGUUCUGCAGUGUUGUUUGGAAUCACGUGGUCCAUUGGAGCGGCCGUUGACGUGGACAGUCGACAGAAGUUCGACACGUACUUCCGAGAAUUGCUGUCUGGCAAGUUCGAGGACUCCCCCAUUCCGAAAGCACUGGGGAAAAUAGAGUCGCCAAUCCCAUCAGACCAUCUCAUCUAUGACUACAUGUAUGAGCAAAAAGCGCGAGGUUCGUGGCGUCACUGGAAUGAAAUGGUCCGCGGACUGGACAUCAAGGGUGCAAAGAUCCGUGAGAUGUUGGUGCCCACCAUGGACACAGCAAGAUACACGUACCUCAUGGACCUGUGUAUAGAACACACUAGACCACUGCUGUUUGUUGGCCCAACCGGAACAGGAAAGAGUGUUUAUGUUCAGGACAAGCUGAUGAAUGGACUGUCUAAAGAACGAUAUCUUCCGACGUUUGUCAACUUCUCUGCCCAGACGAGCGCCAACAUGACCCAGAAUAUCAUCAUGUCAAAGCUGGACAAGAGGCGGAAGGGCGUGUAUGGCCCGCAGAUGGGAAAGAAAGCCGUCAUCUUCGUGGACGAUCUCAACAUGCCGGCCAAAGAGGUGUACGGAGCACAGCCCCCGGUCGAACUGCUCAGACAGUGUAUUGACCACGGCAUCUGGUACGAUUUGAAGGACACAUCAAAGAUUGUCCUGCAGGACGUCCAGUUCUUGACUGCCAUGGGGCCGCCCGGUGGGGGACGGAACCAUGUAACGCCACGCUUCCUGCGCCACUUCAUCAUCGUUGGCAUGAACCCCUUCAACGACGACACCAUGAUCAAGAUCUUCUCCACACUCAUAUCAACAUAUCUCAGAGGCCAGGAAUUUUCCUCUGAUUACUUUGCGAUGGGCAGUUCAAUCGUCCAGAGCACACUGGACAUGUACAAGCAGGCCAUCUCGAACCUUCUGCCCACCCCGGCCAAGUCCCACUACGUGUUCAACCUAAGAGACUUCUCACGCGUCAUCCUCGGCAUCUGUCUCAUCAAGAAAGAGCAGGUGGAAAGCAAGAAAGUCUUCAUCAGACUUUGGGUACACGAGGUGAUGCGAGUGUUUUACGACAGACUUAUUGACAAUGCAGACAGAUCCUGGCUCUUCAAGACGGUUUCCACAUUGGUGAGAGAACAAUUCAAGGAGAGUUUUGAUGGAGUCUUUGAACAUCUAGCCUCUGGUGGUCAAGGCGGAAAGACGAUGAAAACUUGUAAGGAAGAAGACUUGCGUAGUUUGAUGUUUGGAGACUAUAUGGAACCGGACGCUGAACCGGAAGAUCGUGUGUACACGGAGGUGAAAUCUCUAGAUGAGUUUUACCAGGUGGUGGAGCAGUGCCUGGAUGAAUACAACAACACACACAAAAACAGAAUGAACCUUGUGGUGUUCAGAUACGUUCUGGAGCACCUGUCUAGAAUCUGUCGGAUCCUGCGCGCGCCCGGGGGAAACGCCCUGCUGGUGGGUGUCGGGGGCAGUGGUCGGCAGUCUCUCACCCGACUGGCCACCGCCAUGGCAGGCUACUCCAUCUUCCAGCCCGAGAUCUCCAAGAACUAUGGCAAGACAGAGUGGAGAGAGGACAUCAAGGAACUUCUGAAAAGUUCUGGUGCCCAGGGUAAGACAACUGUGUUUUUGAUAACGGAUACCCAGAUUAAAGAGGAAUCAUUCCUGGAAGACAUUGACAACUUGCUGAACACAGGAGAAGUUCCCAAUCUGUUUCCCGCUGAUGAAAAGGCGGAAAUCUUAGAGAUUGUGCGACCAUUUGCGCAGGCUGGGGACAAGAAUGCAGAUUUCAGUCCACUCGCCCUGUUUGCAUUCUUUGUAAACAGAGUGAAGACAAACCUCCACAUCAUCAUCGCCUUCAGUCCCAUCGGCGAUGCCUUCAGGAACCGCCUGCGACAGUAUCCAUCGUUAAUCAACUGCUGUACCAUAGACUGGUUCCAGCCGUGGCCAGAAGAUGCGCUGGAGAGAGUGGCCCACAAGUUUCUCGAGGAUACUGAUAUCAGCGACAAAGAGAAAGAAGACUCAGUGUUCCUGUGUAAAUACUUCCAUGAGAGUGUUCGACUGCUGUCCGAAAGAUUCCUGAACGAGUUGGGUCGGUAUAACUAUGUGACGCCCACAUCGUACCUCGAGUUGAUCAACUCCUUCAAGACAAUGCUCAAUAAGAAACAGGAUGAAACGAUGAAGGCGAAGAAGAGAUAUGUCGUCGGGUUGGAGAAACUGGCGUUCGCCGCGUCACAGGUGGCGUCGAUGCAGAAGGAGCUGGAGGACCUGCAGCCGGAGCUGGUGAAGAGUCAGGAGGAGAACAACAAGAUGCUGAUUGUGAUUGACAAGGAGACCAUCGAGGUGGAGGCCACCAGUAAGCGUGUCAAGGUGGACGAGGCCGCCGCCAACGAGCAGGCCGCCGAGGCCCAGGCCCUCAAGGACGAGUGUGAGGCCGACCUCGCUGAGGCUCUACCCGCCCUCGAGGCUGCCCUCGCCGCCCUCGAUACACUCAAGCCAGCUGACAUCACCAUAGUGAAAUCCAUGAAGAAUCCACCAAUAGGGGUGAAGGUCGUGAUGGCUGCCGUCUGCAUCAUGAAGGACAUCAAGCCUGACAGGAUAAACGACCCAGAGAAACCAGGACAGAAGAUUCUGGACUACUGGGGUCCAUCGAAGAAACUUCUUGGUGACAUGAACUUCCUGAACAUGCUCAAAGAGUAUGACAGAGACAACAUACCUCCACACUGCAUGGCCAAAAUAAGGAAGGAAUUCAUCGGCACCCCCGAGUUUGACCCUGUGAAGGUAGCCAACGCGUCCUCUGCGGCCGAGGGCCUGUGCAAGUGGAUCCUGGCGAUGGAGAUCUAUGACCGCGUGGCCAAGGUGGUCGCGCCCAAGAAGGCGAAGCUGGCGGAGGCCGAGAGUCAGCUGAAGGAGACGAUGGACCAGCUGAACAAGAAGCGCGCGGAGCUGGCGGCUGUCGAGAAGCGUCUGGCCGACCUGAAGCAGACCUUCCAGGAGAUGAACGACAAGAAGGAGAAGCUUGAGUUCCAGGUCGACCUGUGUGGCAAGAAGCUGGUGCGCGCUGAGAAGCUCAUCGGAGGGCUGGGGGGCGAGAAGGAGCGCUGGACCGUGGCCGCCAACAACCUGCAGAAAAUUUACGACAACCUGAUGGGAGACGUACUCAUCUCCGCCGGCGUCAUCGCCUACCUCGGACCCUUCACAUCGGCGUUCAGGGACCUCUGCACCACCGACUGGGUCAAGAACUGUCUCGCCAAAGACAUCCCAUGUACAAAAGACUUCUCGUUGAGUAAGACACUGGGUGAACCCAUCAAGAUACAGGCGUGGAACAUUGCUGGCCUGCCAAAAGAUUCCUUCUCCAUCGAUAACGGUGUCAUUGUGGCCAAUGCACGGAGGUGGCCGCUGAUGAUCGACCCGCAGGCCCAGGCCAACAAGUGGGUGAAGAACUCUGAGAAGGACAACAAGCUGUCGAUCAUCAAACUGACAGAUGCCGACUACAUGCGCACGCUCGAAAACUGCAUCAACUUUGGCAACCCCCUCCUCCUGGAGAAUGUGGGGGAGGAUCUCGACCCGUCCCUCGAGCCCCUCCUACUCAAACAGACCUUCAAACAGAGUGGAGUGGACAUGAUCCGCCUCGGUGACAACGUCAUAGAGUACAGCCAGGACUUCCGCUUCUACAUCACGACGAAGCUGCGCAACCCGCACUACCUGCCGGAGAUCUCGACCAAGGUGUCACUGCUCAACUUCAUGAUCACACCCGAGGGGCUCGAGGACCAGCUUCUGGGGAUCGUUGUCGCCAAGGAGAGACCAGAGCUGGAAGAGGAGCGACAGGUGUUGAUCGUGACCGGAGCUGCUAACCGCAAGCAGUUGAAGGAGAUAGAGGACAAGAUCCUGUUCACGCUGUCAGCGUCCGAGGGAAACAUCCUGGAGGACGAGAGCGCCAUCCAGAUCCUCGACUCGUCGAAAAUACUCUCCGACGAAAUCUCCAAGAAACAGAUGGUUGCCGAGGAGACGGAGAAGAAGAUUGAGGCAUCUCGAAUGGGUUACAGGCCGAUCGCUAAACACUCGUCCAUCUUGUUUUUCUCGAUCGCCGACCUGCCGAACAUCGACCCCAUGUACCAGUACUCUCUCAUCUGGUUUGUCAACCUCUUCGUCAUGUCCAUCCACGACAGCAACAAAUCAAAGAUCUUGGAAAAACGCUUACGUUACCUGUCGGACCAUUUCACCUACAAUCUCUAUUGUAGUGUUUGCCGUUCUCUCUUUGAGAAGGACAAACUCCUUUUCUCUUUCAUUCUCUGCUCCAACAUUCUGUCGGCGAAGAAGGACCUGAAGCAUGAGGACUUCAUGUUCCUGCUGACGGGUGGUGUGGGGCUGGAGAACAAACUGGCCAACCCCGCUCCGCAGUGGCUCACAGACAAGUCGUGGGAUGAGAUCUGUCGCCUAUCGGAUCUGGCACACUUCAAGCAGUUCAGGAAGCACUUCACAGAUAACAUCGAGAAGUGGCGCGAGUACUACGCGUCCAAGGAGCCGAACAAGAUGCCUCUGCCAAGUCCGUGGGACUCAGAGCUCAUCGAGUUCGAGAAGAUGAUGGUGCUCCGCUGUAUCAGGCCGGAUAAGAUUAUCCCGGCGAUCACGGAUUUCGUGAUGGAGAAGCUUGGUAAGAAGUUUGUCGAUCCUCCACCGUUCGACCUGGCUAAGAGUUACGCCGACUCGAACCAGACGACCCCUCUCAUCUUCGUCCUGUCCCCCGGGGCCGACCCUACCAUGAGUCUGCUUAAGUUUGCUGACGACAAGGGAUACGGUGCGAAGAAGUUCAACUCCAUUUCACUGGGUCAAGGCCAGGGCCCAAUAGCAGCGAAGAUGAUCGAUGCUGCGCGGCAGGACGGCACGUGGGUGUUGUUACAGAACUGUCACCUGGCCGUGUCCUGGAUGACGCCACUCGAGAAGGUCUGCGAGGAUUUCAGCAUGGAAAACACACACGGCGACUUCCGGCUGUGGCUUACCAGCUACCCAUCACCUAAAUUCCCAGUCAGUGUUCUGCAGAAUGGCGUGAAGAUGACCAACGAGCCGCCCACUGGACUGCGACAGAAUCUGUUACAGUCGUACCUCAACGACCCCAUCAGUGACGAAGUCUUCUUCAACGGCUGCCAGGGCAAAGAGCUGCAAUUUGAGAAGCUCCUGUUUGGAUUGUGCUUCUUCCAUGCUCUGGUUCAGGAGCGCAGGAAAGUCGGACCUAUCGGCUGGAACAUUCCGUACGGUUUCAACGAGUCGGAUCUCCGCAUUUCUGUACGGCAGUUACAGAUGUUUAUCAAUGAGUAUGACGAUGUUCCGUUUGACGCGAUCUCCUACAUGACCGGUGAGUGUAACUACGGCGGCCGCGUCACGGAUGACUGGGAUCGACGGUGUUUGCUGACGCUGCUUGAUGAUUUCUACAACCCCAACGUCAUCACUGAAGCCAAGUACAAGUUCUCCCCUAGCGGCAUCUACUAUGCACCGCCCAAGAGCAACUAUGAAAAAUAUGUGGAUUUCAUCAAGAAUCUGCCACAGACUCAGACUCCCGAGGUGUUUGGACUUCAUGAAAACGUAGACAUCACUCGUGAGCUGCAGGAAACUAAACUCAUGUUUGACUCAGUGCUGCUCACCCAGGGCAGAUCUGGGGGAGGGGCCGCAGGAAAAACCGAUGACACCUUGCUGGACAUCGCAUCCGACAUCUUGGCCAAGUUACCUAAAGAUUUUGACAUUGAGGUUGCCACGAAGAAGUUACCCGUGACUUACUCUGAAAGCAUGAACACAGUGCUGGUACAGGAGAUGGAGAGAUUUAACAGACUGCUCAGCAUCAUCCGUAGCAGUCUUCAGAACCUGCAAAAGGCUAUCAAGGGUCUGGUGGUUAUGUCAGCUGAGCUCGAGGCUCUGGCGGGCAGCCUGAUCAUCGGUAAACAGCCAGCCAUGUGGGAGAAGAGAUCGUACCCGUCGCUCAAACCGUUGGGCAGCUACGUAAAUGACUUCCUCGAACGACUCCAGUUCUUACAGAAAUGGUACGACCAUGGCAAGCCGCCCGUCUUCUGGAUAUCGGGCUUCUUCUUCACACAGGCCUUCCUGACUGGUGCCAUGCAGAACUACGCCCGGAAGUACACCAUCCCCAUCGACAAACUGGCCUUCGACUUUGAGGUUCUGUCUGUUGAUACGAAGGAUUCACCUCCCGAGGACGGAGUCUAUGUGUUCGGCCUCUUCCUCGACGGAGGACGCUGGGACCGGAAAGAAAACUGCAUCGCAGAACAGAUGCCGAAGAUGCUGUAUGAGGCGAUGCCGAUCAUCUGGCUGAGGCCGGACAUGGCGGACAAGGUGGACACCUCGGACAAACGCUACAAGUGUCCGGUCUACAAGACGAGCGAGCGCCGCGGCGUCCUGUCCACCACCGGCCACUCGACCAACUUUGUCAUGGCCAUGCUGCUCACCACCAACAAACCCAUACGACACUGGAUCAAACGCGGCCUCGCUCUGCUCUGUUGUCUAGACGACUAAACUCAGUUGACAAUGCCAGUUAUUCCAUUCUCGGUUACAUGGAAAUAUAUUUUCUUAUGACAGAUUUUUUAUUUAUGUACAUUUUGAAGUUUUAUUCACAAGGAAUAUAGAAAUGAGAACUGUGAUACAUUUUGUCUGCUGUUUGAAAGAGUUUUAUCAGUUUUAAUGAUGUUCAGUUUUUAUCAUCAUGGAUUACUGGCAGACUAACUGGAUUUUUUCAAGAGUAAUUCAGUUGAGAAAACUGAACAAGAAUGAUUUUUCUGUUUUUGAAGAUCUUGCAGUUGUUGUUAUGUUAUUUUUGACAAUAAAUAUGCCGUGUGUAGUUUCGUGUGUUAGUGUCUGUGAUAUAAUACCAGUAUUACCAAGUUUGUCUUACACACCUAACACUACACAAUGUCAUUUAAUUCCCUUCCAGAGUCUGGCAUUUGCGGUGUUAUUUUUGUAAUGUUAGUAAGAUUAAUUUAUUAUGUGAUUUUACCAGCACUUUUACUGUAAUCAUAUAACAGGUUUUUACUGAAUGCUAAUUAUAUUUUAAUGUUAAAAAAAAAAAUAAUAAUUUAAUGUUGACAUUUUGACAUUUUUAAUAAUUUUGUGAUUGUGUGUGAAUACAAACUAUGAUUCUAGAAUGUAGAAAUUAAAUAUGUGGAAUUGUUUCUGAAUUAUUAUAAAUUUAAAACAGUCAUAAUGUUGGAGAUGUCAACUUGCCAUAGUGCACACUUGUUGCUUUAUUUAUUUGGCCAAAGCAGUCAAAGAACAGUUUAUGCAAAGAUUUGCAAUUUAGGGUAAUGAGCUGCAAAUGUUUCACUAGCAUACUUCGUUACAUAAUGAAAAAUAUUUGUUGGUUUUACGUGAAUAGUAGACAUGUAACUGAAAGAACGAAGGAUGAGCAAAUAAAAAUUCUUGUAGCCAGACAAUGGCAUGGUUAACUGGUUAAAUGUUUGUCUGGUAGCGCUAUUCCAACACUUGUGGUAAACUAUGCUCACACAUGCUCAGUUUUGUAGUUGAGUUGUUGGUAUGUCAUCCAGUAUAGAUGGAUAUAUAAUAUUACAUCAGUGUGUAGAUGUGAGUUGUAGUACAGUAGAACCUGUCUAAACCCAAACCGUCUAGUUUCACAUGGUACCGAAUGUUCUAAAUUUUAAAAUGCGACCAUCUAAACACCAGAUUCUGUCUUAAAUUGGAUAAAUAUUAGAUCCCUGUGUGAUCCACUUAGACAGGUUUCACUGUGCUGACAUCAGCUGAAUUCAAACAGUUUGUCAUCCCAUGCAUUUCCGUCCAAAUGUUCAUUCUGAUAAGUUGUUAAUAUAUAUUAUUUACUUCUUGUACAUUUUGAUUAUAUAUAUUUAUUUUAAUUUAUUUUGUCAAACACAAUCAAGUUCCCAAGUAUGAAGGUACUAAUGUAUUUCUAAAAUAAAAAAUGUAUCAAUUUGUUUGUUUUUUUCUAUCUGUUACUUUGUGUAUAUGAGUGUAUAUAUUUUGGUAUUUAUGAAUUAACAGACGAGUUCUAUUUGCAUAAUAUAUUAUUGAAGUCUUGUUUUAACAGGUGAUACAUAUGACUGUGAUACAAAUAAAAAUGAGCUCUCG